UCUAUCUAGUCUCGGCUCCUAACGUUUGACGUUUGACAUUUUUCUCAAUCAUGUUUCAUGUCCAGACGAACGCCUACGACGAGGAGAUUUAUUAAUCCAAGUUGAUCCAAGUGAAUCAAAGUGUGUCUAUUAAUCAGGCUCUACGACCGAAGAGAAGAAAAUCAUUUUAUCCAAGUGAUUAGGAGUACCUUCGUAAAGAGCUAGAGAGAGACUAGUCUCUACGCGACAAUUGAAAUAUUUCUUUACAGAUGUAUCUAUGUAUAACAGAAAUUUAAAAUGCCAAGUUCGUAUCUAUAUGCCAUUAACAAUGAAGGGCGUGUUUUUGGAUUGUCAACGUCCGGAAGUAUGUGGCGUGAAUUCAUGUACCUAGGACUUGAAUUUAAACAAUUGUCAGCUGUGCCACACUUUAUGUGGGCCAUUGGUGGCGAUCGGCAAGUUUACGUUCAUGUUCACGGCUUAGACGUGCCAAUCAGGAUCAAGGAAGAAACUUAUGAGAAUGAGCGCUGGCUGCCUUUGGAGGGUUUCUCGGGAAGAUUGCUCCCAACUGACAGAUAUAACUUUUCCAAUCAAGAUGGCACAGUUGAUCGUAGUAGAGACAAGGUGAAAUUGCCAUCGAUGGCAUGGCAGUGGGAAGGCGACUGGCAAAUAGAAACAACAUUGGACGGUCAACCCUUGGAUCACGAUGGAUGGACAUACGCUAUUGAUUUUCCAGCUACGUACACUACAAAGAAGCAGUGGAAGUCUUGUGUAAGAAGACGCAAAUGGGUUCGUUAUCGGAGAUAUAGCGCUAUGAAUUCAUGGUGUGCUAUUGCGCCUCUACAUAAAGAUCCAACCAAGGAACCUUUUAUCGACGUGGCAGUGGGUGGAAAUCAAAUGCCUGGAAGUAGCUCUGGCAUUUUAGUAGUUUGGGCGGUAACGGCUCACGGAAGGGUCAUGUUUCGUGUUGGAACAAGUACUACCUGUCCUGAAGGACAAAGAUGGAGCUCCAUCAAGUUGGCAAAUGGCUACGAAGUAUGUCAAAUUAGCGUUGGAGUAACCGGUCUCGUUUGGGCUGUACUUACGAUAGGCAAAGCGUUGGUUCGCACUGGUGUGACGAGAGACAAUCCUAUAGGUGAAGAUUGGUCAGAAGUGGAACCGCCGCAGAAAGACUUGAGGUUGGUACAAGUUAGCGUCGGUACCGACGCCGUGUGGGCUAUAACGCACGACGGCGGAGUAUGGUUUCGAAAGGGCGUCCAAGGCGAGAUAAGCGGUGUUUGCGAACAAUUGGCCACUGGUACCGGCUGGGUUGAAAUGUUGAGCAAAAUGGCACUAGUAUCCGUUGCUCCAAACGAUCAAGUGUGGGCUAUUGGCUAUGACGAUCGAUGCUUAUAUUAUCGUACUGGUAUCACGCGCUCCGAGUUGACGGGGAAACGAUGGAAAUUGAUGAACGCACCGCUGCAACUGAGUAGAGCGAGUAGUAACGCUAGUUUGUCGUCUAGCAAUAGACACAGUAUUUGCGGCACACCGCAACAACAACGUCAUCAGAGUUGGAGUUCCUUGAAUCGUCCUCAUAGUACCGGUGAAGGUACAAUGUUAAUUAGAGAAUGGGAAGAGCAGUCACGUUCGGCGCCAACACCCACGUCUUUAAAAUUGUGGCAACGUACUGGUGACGGCACAUCCGUAAAGAAUACUCAACAAACGUCUUUCCAAGAUAUCUAUCUCAAUGAAGAGAGAAAGAGGUCAUCUACAAACUCUGUAGAUACAAGUGAUUUGAACGAAGCGAGCGUUGCUAGUAUAACUAUAUCCAACGAGUCUUUAGCAAAAAGUGGAGAAUCGAUCAUUGUUUCGGGUAAAGGAAUGGGCAGCACUGUCAAGAUUAAUCCUGCCGCUUGGAGUCCUGUUCAUUCCGUCGGGUCCAUGGUAGGUGUUGAAGCACAUCCAGAGACAGAUGGGAGUGUAUUUGAUCCAGAUUUGACUGGGGACUCUGGAGUGUACGGCGAAGAUGAAAGUGCAGGAAUAGUAUAUUGGGUGGCCGAGUGUGAAGUGUUGUGGUACAAGGUAGAAGCUGGGGCAUGUUUUGUCGAUCCAACAAAUCCACCCAAAUGGAUUGCCGAUGGCAACGGCGCAGCGCAAGGGGAAAUUGGAGAAUUAUGGAGAAUAAACAUUUUAGAUGAAUUAAAAGUGAGAUUAAAUAAAAUGCCAUUUGAUUCUUCGAUAGCGUAUGAAAAAGCGAUUGAAAAAUCAUCUUGGGUGAAGAGUGGCGAUGCUAAAUGUAAAAUAAAAAAUGGCAGCCUAUACGAAGAUUGCAAGAUUGAACUGGAAUGGAUAAGCAGCGAUACUGGAUCAUUAGAUUCUGGAACCUUGAUAAUAUUACAUUCAGACGGCGUAACAAGCAUAAUACAAUUUCCUGUCUCGGAAAUUACGUGUGUCGUUUGCUGCAGUGAGCCAGGUAAUCCAAGGAUAGCAAUUCAUACUCCCAAAUUAAGUCGUUCAAAAGUAAUUAGAUUACAAUUUGCAAGUGAUACGGAAAUGGAAGACUGGUUGGCUCAUUUAACUUCGGUAUCUUGCCAGAUGAACAAUGUAUAUGGUACACCUGGUCCGAAUUCUAUUUGGACUACUACUGCGUUAGGCGACGUAUAUGUAUUCGAUUCUACAAUUGCAGAGGAAUGUCAAUUAUCUGAAGACGGAUACGUACAAGAAAUGGAUGUUGCUGGUAAAGAUUUACCAUUUGAAAGCAUAUUACAAAAUGGUUUUGGAUACGGUAGUACUCUGAGAAUUACCGUAUACAUUCAUGAUGACGCUGACAGGUUGUCUUUUAAUCUCGUCUGUUACACUACAACAUUCGUGAAACAAAAGACUGUGACGGACAGUCAUGACAUUGCCUUGCAUUUUAAUCCAAGACUCAGAGAAAAUAUUAUUGUACGGAAUACAUAUCAGAAUAGCCAGUGGGGAGAUGAGGAAAGAAAUGGAGGUAGUCCAUUGAAGGCAGGCUGUGACUUGACGUUGUAUAUCGUUUGCGAAGAACGUGGUUAUAGAAUUUAUAUUAACGAUAGCGAUUAUACCUUUUAUAGCCAUCGAAUACCUCCAACCAGUAUUACACAUUUACGUAUCAAGGGAUUGUUAACUCUAUGCGGUAUCACGUAUAAAUCUACAACUCUAAUUGUUGAACCUAGCACAGUGUUUUGGAGACAAAUUGGUGGGCAUUUAAAGAAAGUUGAAACAUGUUCCAUGGGUGUUACUUGGGGCAUCGGUUACGACAGUACUGCUUGGGUAUACACAGGUGGUUGGGGAGGCGCGUUUCUCAAAGGCUUGGGAGCUAGCAGUACAGGAAUAAAUACAAUGGUAGAUACCCACAAUUAUUACGUGUACGAAAAUCAACGUUGGAAUCCAGUAACUGGAUAUACCGCACAUGGACUUCCAACCGACCGAUAUAUGUGGAGCGAUGCGACAGGGCGGCAUAAAUGUACGCGAGAACACACAAAAUUAUUGUCGAUGCAUUGGCAUUGGGUAUCGGAUUGGAUCGUUGACUUUCAUACACCUGGUGGCGUUGAUAGAGAUGGGUGGCAGUACGCAACUGAUUUCCCAUCGCAAUAUCACGGCAAGAAACAAUUUACCGAUUAUGUUCGAAGACGACGAUGGUUUAGAAGAUGUCAGUUAACGACGAGCGGGCCUUGGCAAGAAUUGGGAAAUACGAAACUCGUCGAUGUCUCCUUAUAUGCGACUGGGAAGCCUGGCACAGAUAGUCCUAUUCAUGUCUGGGCGGUUGCUGCAAACGGAGAGGCUUUAUUCAGAAGAGGCGUUUCAGAAUCUUGUCCAAUGGGAGUAUCAUGGGAACAUAUACCAAGUGACCAGCCUUUAAUUAGUAUAUCGUGUGGUCCAUGUGGACAAGUUUGGGCUAUUGGAAAAAACGGUUCCUCCUGUUGGAGGCUAGGAAUCAAUGCUACAAAACCAACUGGUGUACAAUGGCAAAAUGUCGAACCACCUUCAGGCGCUCAGUUGAAACAAAUUUCUGUGGGACACGAUGUAGUAUGGGCCUUGGAUACAAUUGGUCGACUGUCCGUACGCCGAGAAGUACAAUGUAAUGUUUUCCCCGAGGGAACGUAUUGGCAAACAUUACCAGCUAUGCCAAACGAUCCUAUUCAUAUAGAUAUGUCAGUAAUAAACGCUAAGCAAGGAUUCCGACAUGUAUCCGUUUCAAGAGAGCAGGGACAAGUUUGGGCAAUUUCGGGAGCCGGCAUUGUUUGUCGAAGAAUAGGCGUUACUCGGGAAAAUCCAGCUGGAACCGGAUGGGUAACCGGUAUAGGGGCAAACUGGCAAAACGUAAGUCUUGGGGGACUUGUAAGUAAAACGAAAUAAUCUUGAUUGUAACCAUAUUAAAACAUAGGCUAGAUAAUAUAAAAUAGUUAACAAUGUUGUGAUUGCCUUGUAAAAUGUAACGUCAUGCAUGUACACAUAUAUGAGCACAUGCUAAUUAUUACAAUAUUGCUAAAGUCAAAUCAAUAAUUAUAACACGAUAUAAAGCAAAUUACUUGACGCUAUUGCAUUGGAAACUUCUUCCUCAAUGUAACGGGUAUUAAAAAGAAGUUGCGAUGAUACAGUUAUAUAGUUGAAAAAAUACAAUAUACAAGAAAAUACGUACAUGUACAUCAUUUAAAUUACUUGUUGAGUUACAAUUUGCAUCAAAGUAUAUUUACACGAUAAACUAACAAUAUCAUUGCGUAAACAUUUUGUUAUUUUUCUAGUACAUCUAGGAUGAUAAUAAUAACAAACGGAUAAAUAUAAUAGCAUCUAUGACUAGCGAAACAGCACAAAAUGCUUAGAAAUGUACAAUAAGUUAAAAGUAUUAUUCUGUGAUUGUGUAAACAUUCCGAUAAGUGUAACAGUAUUUAUUGGAUGAUACUCGAGAGCUACCUUUGCUAAUCUAUAUUAUAAUCAAUGUACUCGUGUAUGAUAUGUUACUGAUAAAACUUGCUGGACAAUAGUUAAUAAUUUUAUUUUUUCUUACAUAUACCUAAUUAAUUAUAAAAUAAUAUUUGGUUAAAUUAUAGAUGUAAAGUACGUAGUAAAACAUUUUAGUAAAAUGAUGUAUGAAUAAUAUGUACAUUGCCAAUGUAUUAAAAACAUUAUUGUAUACCUAAAA